UCAAGCGCGGCCAUCCGGCCAUGCAAAAUUUAUUCAAACAACAAAAAAACUCCUCGCAGCCCAGUCACAAAGUGCAGCCGUCGUGAGAGCAGGUAGUUUUGUAGCAGUAGACGAUCAGACCAACUGUCGUCUUUGGUGAAACUUAAGAGGAUUCACUGCAAAGACAUGCCGGGAUAUCGGGCCUUUUUCGUUCCAGCGGUGAGCGAAAAUUUAUUAUGCCGAAUUUGUCAUCUGCCUGUGCGAAACGCCGUUCAGGUGUCCGUUUGUGGACAUCGAUUUUGCGAUUCUUGUCUCAAUGGAGCAUUCAGUAACACGAGGCAAACGGCCCGGCUGCGAUGUCCGGUUGAUAGCUCCAGCAUCGAUUUGUCCCAGAUUUACGCAGAUGACGUGACAAAUCAGAUGAUAUUUUCACUGAAUGUUUAUUGCGAUCAUUACCAACUGGGCUGUAAAUGGAAGGGACAGCUGAAGAAACUGGAGGAUCACAUGGCCAAUUGCAAGUACGCGAUGGUGGAUUGCAUUGCGGGGUGUGGUCAGAAAGUUCAGCGAAGAAAGAUCACGGACCAUGUCAAGAAAGAUUGCGUCAAGCGAUGGAUGAAAUGUCCUCGCUGCAAGAAGGAAACGACAUUUGAGAAGCUGCAGAACCAUAACUGUCCAGCGACAAGGAGGAACCCGGAUCAAGAAGUGGUGACGUGUAGCAAUGGUUGCGGGGCUAGAAUGAAACGACAGGACAUGCCGCUGCACCUGAGGAACGAGUGUUCGCAUCGAUGGGUCUACUGCGAAUACUGCUCGGUAGAGAUUGUCUUCAAAGACAAACAGGAACACUUAAGGCGUUGUCGGCGUUCGGUGUCGCAAACUGAUGAACCAGGCAUAACAAGAGGCGGGAAGCGCCAGAGCAUGCCCCAUUCAGUGCGCUUCGACCCACGAGGCCUGCGCGGCGGUAACCGUAGCAACAGCACGUCGCAGGAAGUCCUCGCUCCCAGCAGUCCCGCACCACCCAUGCGCUCCGCCUCGUUUCCAGCCUUCCUCAACUACGUUGGCCGCGAGGAAGUUGCAAGCGAAGUGGUGUAUCGCGACUCGGAGCGAACCAGAGCGAACACCACGAGUCAAAUGGAGGAUGAAAGAGAGACGGACAUUUUCACGUGCACGUGUGGACAGAGAAUAUCACGUGGUCAAAUCACAAGCCACAUGUCAGAGGAAUGUCCAAGGAGAUUGACUAAAUGUCAGUAUUGCCGCGCGCAAGUCAAGUUUGAAGAUAUGCAGAGCCAUCUUCAAGUGUGCCGUCGAUUUCCUCUGAGCUGUCCAAACAGCUGUGGUGUAUCUCAAAUACCGCGAGAAGAGGUGGAUCGUCAUCUUUCACACGACUGUCGCUCAAAUCUAAUUCACUGUCCGUUUAAGCAUGUUGGCUGUCAACACCAAUGUCCGCAACGAAGCCUUGCACAACAUCUUGAAGAUGGCAUGAAGAAACAUCUUGAACUCGUGUCACAGCUCGCUAUUGAUCAACAACAAGAGAUCAACGAACUACGAGAAAUUGUUAAACAUUACAAACCGUUUACCGACAGUAAGCUUUACUGGCGAGUGGACGACUUUUGGAAGAAAUUCGAAGACGCAAAACACAAAACCGGCGUGGAGUUGCACAGCCCGCCAUUUUACACCAGUCCUUAUGGGUACAAGUUUAAAAUCGUGAUGUUUCCUUACGGAAAUGGCAGCGGCGAGGGGUCGCAUCUUUCAAUGUACGUUCGACUACUCCCAGGCGAGUACGACACGCUUCUAAAAUGGCCUUUUGAAGGAGAGAUCACUUUGUCGCUUUUGGAUCAAAGUAGAGACCCGAUCAGGGGCCAACGAAAUAUAAGCCAAUCAUUUAGCCCGGACCCAAACUGGAAGAGUUUUCAGAGGCCCAGUAAAAAUGGCUCCACGCUUGGAUUUGGUUACCCACAAUUCGUGUCGCACCGAGGCUUGGAAUCCACGAACUAUGUAAAGGACAACUGCUUGUUCAUCAAAGCAACAAUAGACUGCAAAUAUUCCGCUGAUUUUUAAUAUUAACAUCUAAUAUUAACAUUAACGCUGAAAUUCUUAAUGGAUAAAUUCUUAUUGCAUAUAUUCUUAUUGGAUAUGAUCGUAUUGCAUAAAUUCUUAUUCUAGGACGGACGAACUUAAAUAUGACAUGAAAAUAUUGAAAAUUCUAGGUUGCGACACUGUUUUCUUUUAGUAUGCUUUUAAUCGAGGAGUAUAUAAUUGUAAUAAUCUGUUUGUAUCGUUCAGAGGUAUAAACUUUUAUCACAGGACUUAUUUUGUGUACAAACCCAGACUCACGCUUGCGCUUGCCAAAAUAUCAGACAAGAAAUUUUUAAACAUAGCAAAUUUUUAAGCAUAUUUCCGGCUCGUUUUUAAGAUGAAUGUUUAUCAUGGAAUUGAACCAACUAUAGUCAAGGAACGAGUGCCCUGUUUGGCAGAUCCCUAAUAAGAUAAAAAAAGACCCUUAAUGUCUUUUAUUACAAUAUUGACAAAUUUAGCAGUCGCGUGAACACUGGAGAGUGCGGUUUAAAAAGAUGUCAACUCGGACAAAACCGCUGUUUAGGAUAAAUGCUGAUCCGAAAUGGAUCCAUUUGCUAGCGGCUAGCUAUAUUAUUAGUUAGAAAAAAAAACUGUUUUAGAAUCGCUGUAAACAAAGAGAUCACUGAAUUUGCAACAGCACCAAGUUGAAAUUAAGAUUGCUGUGAAGUGCUUUUUAAUGUUCUGUUGAAUUUGAAUUUAUGCUGCUGCUAAAAAUGUGCUUAGUCGAGUGGCGGAUACAGAGACGCUACAAAAUGGGAGGACGAGGUGAAUUUCUUCGAAGAAGGUAGGGAAAGGGGGAGGAAGUGGGGGGGAUUUCUUGGGUUAAAACGGGGGGUUCCGGUGUCCCCUAGAUCCGAUCCGCCACUGACUUAUUGCACGUUUUGAGCGAAAGCGUUGAACUAUACAUGUACUGCAUCCAACUCAUUUAGUCCCAUUCUCCCCGCUGAUUGCCAUUCUAGUCAGUUCAGUAACAAGAAAUUAGCAGUACAUCAACACAAUAUGGCCACGUCGAUAAUUUUCUUUACUCUCUUUACUUUCUUUAUUGUCUAUCUACCCCGAUAUUCCAAGGAGAAACUGGGUUUCGAUCGAUCAAUGGUAACUCUAGUCCGUUGUACAUGUAAAGUUCAACGUGUCAACGUUUUAGAAUUUUUUUCUCAAUUUAACAUUUACUCUACAUGAUAUUCUAUUUCACUCUCUCUCUCUCUCUAAAUGGUUUUACAGAUACUACGCUUUUCUUGAUCAAAAAGAUUUAAUAAUUUAAUGUAGAAUUUGGACACUGCUAUGCGGGUAAACUACGAUGUCCGAGAUGUUGGAUUUAUACGAAUAAAAACGUUUAUUGAACCUUUGA